UUCAAAGUGUAUUUAUAGAACAAAACAAUCUUAUCUUAUAAUAUAUAAUUCUGAUUUAUUAUUAUUACUGAGAUUGCACUAUUUUGCUUUUCUGUGAUACAAUUGUCAAAAACAGAUGGAAAAUAUAACAAAAAAUUAUUAUUAGCUAAGGAUGCCGAAAUUGAUUGUUCGAGAAAACAUGCGUAAACUCCAGUUGGGUGCUACGUUUAAUAAUGAUAGAGCAGCUGAGCUUAAAAGACUUUUUGUAAUCGCUAUGCCAACUAUGAUAACACAACUUUUAAGAUUUAUCAAUCCUUCAAUCAGUGUUAUGGUUUGUGGUCACUUAAGUCGUGAGGAGUUGGAUGCCGCAUCCUUAGCUAAUUGUAUAAUCAAUGUCCUUGGCCUUAGUAUUGAUACUGGAUUUUCAACUGCUUGUGAUACGCUUUUUUCUCAGGCAUAUGGAAGCCGGUAUCGUAAAUUGGUUGGUACAUUCCUUCAAAGGGCUUUAUUCGUUGUAUGCAUCAUAUACUUGAUCCUAGUCUGCAUACACUUAAAUAUUGAGGCAGUUUUAUUAUUACUUGGUCAAGAACCGAUAAUUUCAUCCCUUACGUCAGAAUACAUUGCAUACUUCCUACCUGGUCUUGGGUUUGAUUUCCUAUUUUUGACGCUUGCUCGGUACUUGCAAACACAAAGUAUUCUUAUGCCAAUGGUAUAUGCUUCGUUUACUGGAACAGCUAUAAACAUUGCAUUUCAAUACUAUUUUGUAUUUCGGAUGAAUUAUGGACUUCGUGCGUCAGCUCUCUGUCUUUCUUUUUCGUUUGGAUGCAUGUUUCUAUGUGAACUUGGAUAUAUAAUUACAUCAAAAGUCUAUAAAAGCACGUGGGAUGGGUUCAAUUUAGUUUCUGCCUUAAGUAACUGGAGUGUAUUUAUCCAACUAGGCAUUCCUGGUAUAUUUAUGGUAGCUCUUGAAGAAUGGUGUUUUGAAAUAAUGACACUGAUUGCAGGUACCAUUAGUGAUGUUACGCUAGGUGCACAAGCUAUUGUAUUUCAGAUUCAGUCUUUCAUAUAUGUGAUUCCCCUUGGACUGUUUACAGCAGUGAAUAUUCGUGUUGGUCAAAAGCUUGGAGCAUUUGAUCCUAUGGGUGCUAGAAAUGUUUACUUUACUGCACUGACAAUAGUUCCUGUGGUGGCUUUUUGUACCGCUUUACCUGUUACUCUUCUGCGAAAUUACAUUCCGUAUAUAUUUACAUCAGAUGAGAACGUUUGUCUUUUGGCCAGUAAACUUCUACCAAUGCUGCUUGUCUUUCAGCUGUGUGAGGGAUUUGCGGGUAUCUCAGAGGCUGUUCUCUUGGCUUGUGGACGACAGAGUUUAGGAGCUGUGACAAUAUUUUUUGGUUAUUAUUGUAUUGGAAUGCCGAUCGCUUUAGUACUGACUUACAAGACAUCUCUAGGAAUUUUCGGAGCAUGGAUAGGCUUGGCUGUUGGCUUUGCGUUAACCACAUUGACCUAUACUAUAUGUGCUUUAAAAACAGACUGGUUUGAACAAGCUAGGAAGGUAAAGAAAAAUUUAAAGGAUAACCAAACAAUGCGUUCCACAUAUCUUUCACCCGAUGUAUCUCAGUACAGUCCUUCAUCUACGGAAAAUUCUUUUGACUUACCAAUAUUUCAUCAAGUCAGCCCAGAUUUCGUUAGUUCUGAACAUCUACUAGACUACUCUACGACCUCUUCGCCAAUACUGCUGAAUGAAAAUCUUGCCAACUGGAAACAUUUAACAUUGAAAUUUUGUUUCUUUCUUAUAGUUAUUAUCCUUUUAUUCAUAUCGUUAUAUUUACGUCUUUCAAAAUCCCCUUCAUUAUGGUAUACUCAUUGUUUACAACAAGUCAAUUCUGCUAAUAUAUCAACAUUUUGUAUCAAUAUGAUGCCAUGGAACACCUACAAGUCAAGAAGUAUUGAUCAGUUUGAUUUAAAUGCUUUCAUCUAUUCGAAUAAUUCAUUAGGUGUAUAA